UUAAAAAUCAAACCGGUUUUAUCGUACCCAUUUCAAUGAUUUCCUUUCCUGCCGGACGGGAGCACGAAAGUGUUGUUUCAAAUCUUAAAUUAUUCCCGGGACUCCAAGGUCGCGAGUUCGAAUCGCAAACGGGUUUACACGGAAAGGAAAAAACAAACAAAAUCUGCUGCAGAAGGGUUCCAGAAAACCGUAGCAGCAGAGAACAAGAAAGUAAGAAUGGAGAUGUGAGCGAAAGAAGGAACUAGUAAUGGAGAUUAAAGCGUAAAUGCGAAUAUAAAUGGUGAUGGCGGAGGAAAAAAAGAAGUGCAGUCUCUGCGAAAAGGAAAAAUGGUGUUUACACCAUCUCAAGAACGGUGGGAAAUACUGUCAUCUUUGCAGCUCCUGCGUACUCAUCACACACUGCGAUAUGUACUGCCCUUAUUGCCUUGAGGACUGCGGCCCCAACGCCGACGCCCUCUUGAAAUGCUCCACUUGUCUGCGUAGCGUCCAUGUAGACUGCCACCGCAACUCCACGGUGUCAAACCCCAAUGCAGACCCCUUCCGCUGUCUGCACUGCCUCAACCCUAACUCAGACCUUAUACCGUUUGCUGUUCUGAGCAGCAAUUGCCCUACGAAGAAGAAGCUAAAGGGAAGCAAUGGAAGGGCUGUGAGCCCUCAGGAGUUCGUUAAUGCGAAGCUUGUUUUGACUGCAGCGAGGAUCACGUCCGUUGUUAUGCACAGGGUUGCGCGGGAGGCCACUGCGGAGGCGCAGCUAAGGGCGAAGCAGGCGGCACAGUUGAGAAGGGAGGCCACCGAGGCGCUUCACCGCGCUCUUGCCAUCGCCAAUGAGAAUGAGGAUAAAUUACGACGCGGCGUAGCAAAAGCUAAUGGCGCCGUUGCCAAUCCAGGUAACAUGAACUCUGAAGUUAUUGCUCGAAACAUGGCUGCUGUUUCAUUGAAUUCAGCACCCUUGCAAAAAUCAAAGGUAGCUGGUGAGCUGAAUGGGCAAGCAAGAUGAAGCUUCAUGUACAUAGUUGUUUUGGAUUUGUUGGUUGAGAAGUUCUAUGUAUGCAAAUAAUUGUAGGAAUGAUUCAUAAACAAGACAUGCCCCUUUUGUGCGUGCAUUUCAUAAGUCAAGACACCUCAAUUUUUGUCUACAUGGUAAAUGACAUAAAGUUCUAGGUGUAUCUCAUGGGUUGGAAAGUAUCAGUGGCCUUUUUAGUGAAAGGAUUCAUCAUUUUCCAUUCAAAAACUCAUUUUGUGAAAACAUUAAUUACGUGCUUUGACUUGAAAUAUCUUUU